AUGUCGUCCAUAACACUGAAAAGAUCAUACAGUCGAUCAUCAAUACUCUCCCAAGUUCACAACCUAGGGCUGAAUUAUAUCACCUGCCUAUUGUCUUCUGUCUCUGAACCUCAAUCUCACCAUUUCUCACCUUCAAUUCAAAAACAGCCUAAAUAUGGUAAUGGGUAUCAUUUUCUGAGAGAAAGUGGAACUGGGUUCUCUUCGCUUUUCAUGAAAACAUUGAAAAUCUCAUAUGGGUCUCACUGGGUUACUUUUCCUACGAAUUAUUAUGUUCGCCAGUUUAGUUCUCAUGUCGCAUUUGAGCCCUCUACUUCCUAUGGUCUUACAGUGGAUGGUAUCAUUGCUAAUAAUUGGACUAUGCUUGAUGAGAGUGAGAGUGAUUGGAAGAGUCAUGCCUCUGCUAUUGCUCAAUCCAUUCAUCUUAUCAAGAAACGCUUGCAGUGGAAGAAAUUAAUAGUGAGGUUGGAGAUAUUAUCAGCUCAGCUGAAUAAGCCGGACCUUUGGGAUGAUCCUGUUCGUGCAGGGAAGAUAUGCCGUGAACAUGGUUCACUUAUGGGUAAAAUGAAGGAGGUUAAGGGAUUUGAGCAAGAAUUGCUUGAGCAUAUCGACAUGAUCAAGCUUGCUCGUGAAGAGAAUGAUGCAGACUUGGAAUCGGAAUCUUUGAAAGCUUUACUCAGAAUGAGAAGAAGUACAAAAGAAAAAGAGCUUGAGGCGUUGUUAGCUGGGGAGCAUGAUUCCAGCUCUUGUUUCAUAGAGGUUCAAGCUGGAGCUGGCGGCACUGAGAGCAUGGACUGGGCUUCCAUGGUCAUGCAGAUGUAUAAAUUGUGGGCUCAACACCGUGGAUAUGGAGUUACUGUAGUGGACGAAAUGUCUGGUGAUAUUGCAGGAAUCAAGAGGGCUACAAUCAAGGUGGAUGGUGAAUAUGCAUUUGGAUAUGCAAAGGCAGAAGUUGGGGUGCACAGGUUGGUACGCAUCUCACCAUUCGAUAGCGGAAAACGCCGACAUACUUCAUUUGCUGCAGUUGCUGUGAUUCCAAUAUUGGGCGAUGUAUCUUCCCGUGUUCAAAUUAGUGAAUCUGAUCUCCGGAUUGAGCGAUUCAGAGCUGGGGGAGCUGGCGGCCAGCACGUUAACACAACCGAGAGUGCUGUGAGGAUAACUCACAUUCCUACAGGAGUCACUGCCACUUGCCAAAAUGAAAGGUCACAACAUCAAAACAAGGCUUCUGCCAUGGCCGUGCUUCAAUCCCGUGUAGACCAGCUGGAGAUGGCUCGCCAGGCUCAGAUGAACGCGCAACAUACACAGUCCCUCACUGAAAUUAGUUGGGGCAACCAAAUACGCACUUAUGUACUCCAUCCUUACCGCAUGGUCAAGGAUCUUCGUACUAACUAUGAGGUUUCCGACCCUGAUUCUGUCCUCGAAGGUGAUCUCGAUGGCUUUAUCUUAAGCUUUUUGUCAGCAUCCUUGGAUAAAGAUGAAGAUUACCUGUGACGUAAGCUCAGAUUUCAGUGGAACCUUGUUGAGUUACUGAAAAUGCCGCACCCUGUAAAUCUUAAUUGUGACCAAGUGAAUGCUCAAGUUCCCUUUUCCGAGUCUCAGAAUUUGAUUUAUGAUGGUACAAGUUCUACAAAAUCUUUAUACGACAAGAUCAUUUUUUUUGUAUUUCACUAUAGAACGCGUAGCACUUGAUGGAGAAAGAAGGAAAUAUUCUUUAACCAAAAAUUUCUUAAUGGCCGUGAUGGAC